ACGCCUGUUAACCGCCUCGAGCCACUUCCCAAAGAGUCGCACCGUCGUCCCAUUUUGGCACAUUCGCUUUCAGCCGCCGACUCGCGUCGUUGCACUCACUCUUGCCCCACCAACUAGGCUGACCGAGCUCUGCUGCGACCUUGGGAGGUCUUGAAGCGCCGACAGCCUAACGAGUUCCAGCAAGCCAUGAUGGGUUUGCUAUGAAAGAACUUGCGCAAUGACCACCCUGAUCAAUGGAGCUCUACCACCGCCCAAGCAAAUCCGCUUCGUCAACAACCAGGGUCAACCGCCGUCGAAGCGGCGCAGGAUCAAUGCUGCGUGCCUAACAUGCCGCAAACGAAAGACACGUUGCGCCGGCGAGAAGCCAACCUGCUCGACGUGCGCGAAGAAUGGCCAUGUUUGUCUUGGGUACACGGAAAUCGUCGAGAAGAAGAAGGAUAACGGGGUUGGACAUGUGUCUUACAGAAACGAGCGAGGAGAGACGAUCGGAAUGGGAACCGAGCUGGAGAACGAAUGGAGGGACGAAUUUCUGGACGACGGGUCGGAGGACGAGCGACGGCACUUGAAGAGCAAGAUCAGGGGUAAAACGUCCUUCUCACCCCAAAACGCGUUACCGAGGCGCGAUUCUCUGUCCACGAUCAAUUCGCCAUCCGGGAGACCGAGAACACAGAGCAAUGAGUGGGAUCAAAACAGAUCGCAAGCGUCCGGAACCACUGUUCGGAGGCCCCCCACCUACCAUCGCAACUCGUCGUACUCGGAGGAUGGCCGGAGCUUGAAUAAUCGGUCGCCCAUGGACAACCGGACGGAAAGUCACAGGGUGCCUUACUUUCGAUACUUUGGACCUACCGCCAUUGUCCCUGGCUUUAAGCAGAUGGUGGUCAAUGUCUCGGUCCAGCGCGACCGGCGAAGGAGCAGAGGGGGCUCAUUUUCAGCCGUAUCGCCCGGAUCUGUUUUCGGCCACAACGUCACCGAUUACAGCCACCCGCCACAGGCAGACACGGUCCUGGAGAGCCUGGAAGAUCUCCCAGUCUACGACCCGAACGACCCUGAACCGGUGCAUCCGUUAAUCCUUAGUCUUUUACAGACUUUCUUCUUGCGGCUGGGGUGCAACUGCCCGUUUCUACGAGAAGACAAAUGCCUUCGACUGGUUAGGGAGAAGAGGCUAGAGCCCAUAUUGGUCGAUUCCAUGUGCGCCGUAGCCGCAAGAUUUUCAGAGAUGUCGGUCUUCACCAACGAGAGCGAUGGGAAGGCGGCAAGGUCGCAAUUCGGCCAUGUUUUUGCUCAGCGAGCAAGAGCAGCCACGGUCGAUACCUUCCCCUGCCCGUCCGUCGGCGCAGUCCAGGCUUGUCUAUUGAUGGCUUAUGAGGGAUUCGGGCAGAACCAGGACAGUGCCUUAUGGAUGUACCUCGGCCUGGCAAUAAGGAUGGCCGUAGAUCUCGGCCUCCAAAAGAUGGUUGGCGUGAGGUACCAAGGAGAGAAGGAUCCAUGGUACACCAGGACAUGGAAUCGGAGCGGCAGCGACGGAGAGAUGGACGAAAACAAGGAGGACGAUGACGGAGACACGCUCAGCCCUCAGGAACAGCAGGAAGUCGAACAAGAACGCAUGGACACAUUCUGGGCCGUCUUCGUCCUGGACCGAGUUAUUUCCUCGGGGACUGGCAGGCCUGUAACCUUUCGAGACGAUGAUUUCGACCUAGCUUUACCAGAGCCGACCUUCGACCCGGUCUCGGGCUGGCCCGCCCCGUUCCCGACCUUUAUCCGCAUCAUUCACCUCUACGGACGGGUCUCGGAUGUGCUCAACAACAUCAGGGGUGCAAACGACCUCACCCAGGACAAGAUGAGCAAGCUGGCGCAGAUGGAAAGCGACCUGACCCAGAUCUACCAGAAGCAAGAUCCACGCCUCAAUUUCAGUGCGCAGAACUUUCAGGAGUACGUCAAGGCUGGCCAAGGGACGACUUUUAUCCUCUUGCAUUUCUGGUUUCAUGCUUUGAUCAUCAUCCUCCACCAACCAACCCUCCUCGCGCCGUUUGGCGGCCUCAGCCGAAUCCAGUUGUUGCCUAAUAGCCACGAAUUGUCCAUGUCGAGCGCCAAGACGAUCUCCGACAUACUCGCCUUUGCCGAGCUGAUAGAUCCGAAAAGUUUUAUUGGUAAUCCCUUCACGUCGCAGCCAAUGUACAUCGCAGCAUGCGCCUUCCUAAUGGAGUCCGUUGUUAAGGACUCGGGCCCGUCAUCUCGCGAAGGCUCAGCACGGCCGGAACCGAAUCCUCAGUCGUUGUCGGGCUCCGGCGGUUCCAGGGCGGCCCAGGGCAGUUCCUCCAAGUCGGCAAAGCACUCGCUACUCACCUCGACGGCGAAUCAGAAUUACCAGCGAUGCUACAAGUCGCUGCAACACCUCCAAGACUACUGGGGCGGCGUCAAAUACAUACUGACGGCGCUCGACCAGAAGUCGAAAGGCAUCUGGGACUGCGAAACAUACACCAACGAGGAGUAUGAGAGUGCCAAAUUUCCACGGCGCACCUCUCUGGACCGCAUUGCCCGGAUCGAGAACCCGUCAUCGCCAAACAUCAUGCCCAUGGCCUUUUCGCUCACAGGGACCACGAACUCCCCAAACCCGAGCCUUACGUUGCUAUACCAAAACAGUUCCACGGCUAUGCCUCCGGCACCACCGCCGGCUCCCACGUCUGCCGCGACACCCCCGGGAAAUAUGAUCUACGACCCGAUUCGGCAGAGCCUACCGGAAACCCCGACGGGCAUGUUCCCGCCUGCCUAUCCGCAGCCAAACAUUUCUGCUAUCCGCCAUCAUCAUCCCAACCACCCUUCUCCCAAGAUGCAUCGGCCGUCGUCCUCGUCCAUGAUGAGCUCCUACGUGACUGGGAAAUCGCAUCUAAAAUACGAUGCCCUUGCAUCUGAUGAUAUAGAUCCCGGUGUCAACGACUCCAAGUUGCAGAUACUCGCUGGCAUGUCUCAGACGAACCAUAUCCACCAACCCCAGGCGCCGCCCUCAUACACGCCUUCAUCGCAGCACUCAUCCAACUACGAAGCCUCGAUCGCUCACGGCGCGUCGCCGGCAAGCACGCUCACGGACUCGGGGGCAGGCCCACAUCAUGGCCAGCCGCAUCCCCAGUCACGCCAACACAAUAAUAAUAAUGGAAUUAAUCAUAAUCCGGGCGGCGGCGGGAUGCAUGGGAACUAUCACGCCGAUUUUCCGCAGAGCGGCCUCAUGUCUGGCUCGUACUCAUAUCUCGGUCCUGUAGGGCUCACGGAUGUCAUCACGCUUGACAGCCAGGAGAUCGACAUUGGUCAGCUGGGACUGACGAACGACGUGAUGCCGACUACCUGGCUUGAGUACUUGCCCGACAAUGUCCUGGAGCUGUUCGAGGGAAGCAUAUCCGCCCACGGUCCGGGUCAGAUGUGAGAGGCAUCUUCUAUCUUCCGCACGCAGAGGCUGGUCUUCCCAUUCAACUCUCUUAUAUUCUAUUUUGGGGGGCCUUUUUUUUUGGCCAUUUGCUUUACCUCCUUCACGAUGCAAUGAGUGCGGUCCUUGGAGUUGGGAACGUGUCUCAUGAUGAACCCAUUGAUUGCAUGAUCAUGAUAAUGUCAUACUAUCCAGCUUGACCGAGCUUGGGCUGCAAUACGCAGCUCUUUGAUAGUAGAGGGAAUAACUGCGGA